AUGGCUACCAGACGGCACCAUCGGAAGUCGAGAGGCGGUUGUGUAGCUUGCAAAAAGAAACACAUCAAGUGCGAUGAGCGCAGGCCUCAAUGCCUGAACUGCUUCAAAAGAAGCAUUAGCUGCACCUAUAUCGACGCCCCAAGUCCGUCUUACCCAUCAUCGACCUACCCAUCGCCAAUCGAAGAUUCCCAAGAACCCCAGCCGUCAUCAUCCUCAAAGCGUGCGCGUGUGUAUAGCGCCGAGGAUCUCGAGCUUUUGCAUCAUUACUGUGCCAAAGCGAACGCAUCAGUGUCACAAUCCAUAGGCUUAUCAGCGGAGAGAGGAUUAUUUGAGCUUCCAAAGCUUGCUUUCGAGUCUGACUAUGUCCUUCACGCCAUCAUCGGGUUAGCAGCGUUACAUCGAGCGCACCUUGAGGGCGAGACAGGACAGAUCUCGGAUUGUGAUUUCACUGCGCUAGCCGCCGAUCAUGUCAACGCCGCUCUACCAUCAUAUCGAAGUGCAUUGCAAAACAUCACAGAGUCAAACUGCGCGUCUCUACUGAUGUUCGCGUCCUUGCUGUCACUUUACGUCUUCGCAUCCUCCAACAACGGACUCAAUCCUUUUCAAAAGAACACCCAAUCCGCAAAGCAUGGCUCAGGGCUCAGUCUGGUAUCCUGGCUCGGUCUGAUAGUCGGAGGUAUGACUGCCAUCAGACCGUGGUACUGGCACAUCCUCCACAACACCGAAUAUGGCCCAUGUCUUCAGACACAACUCUGGACAAUACAAAAAAAGCCGGAAAGCCCUUUGCAGAUCCAUAGGGACGGUAUACUGGCGGGGCUUGAGCGGCUUUGGAGCGAGGAUAGAAGACUCCUAAGCCCCGGUUCCGACAUUAACAGCCAGCACCCCUGGCAAAGAAAGCUAUCUCCGGAGCAGCGAACUAAGCUUUCGACAAUACUGGAAGCACUUCGAAAAGCGUAUUUAUGGAUUACUUUCGUGUCUCCAGGCAGUACAGAUCCUGCAGAUCCUGGACUUGAUCCCAACGAACCUUCGGCCCAUGAAAAUCAACAAAACAAAUUAAGUAACUAUCAAUCAGCACUUCCCAUGUUCAUCACCAUGGAUCCAGAGUUGACCACUUACAAGGGCUCUCGAGUCCAAGCAUCUCCAAUCGAGCUCAGUGCCAUACUGCAAUUCCUACAUUCACUGGAUGGGGAAUUCGAACAGCUACUACAUGACAAACAUCCAUAUGCUUUAGUCAUAUUAGCAUACUACUCGGUGCUGUUGAAGCAAAAGGAUGUCUGGUGGAUCAGAGGCGUUGGCGAUGAUAUGUUUGCCUGGAUCAGUGAAGAGCUAGCGGAUGAGCAUAACAUUGAACUUUUCGGCGAAGAUCUUACAAACUGGAUCAAUUGGCCUCGAAGUGUCUUCGUUCACGAAUUUGAUAGUCGAGUUGACGCUGGGAAUAUUGAAGUGGAUCUAUCUUUAUAGGAGAUUCUGCUAUCAUAUAAUAGCGCAAGAACUUUUAUUCAAGUCGUCUCAAGUAAGCACAUUUCACUAAAGGCACACAUUAGAGAUCGAAUCAGCAAUUGGC